AUCGGGCUGAACUCCGGGCAGAGGCACAUCGGGCUGAACUCCGGGCAGAGGCACAUCGGGAGAUUACCAGGUGAAGCAGCAGGCACCGGGCCCCCAGGCGGGGCGACAGGCAUCGGGCCCCCAGGCGGGGCGACAGGCAUUGGGCCCCCAAGCGGAGCGGCGGGUGCCGGGCCCCCAGGAGGGGCGACAGACAUCGGGCCCCCAGGCAGGGCGGCGGGUGCCGGGCCCCCAGGCGGAGCGACAGGUCUCAGGCCCUCAGGCGGAGCGGCGGGCGCCGGACCCCCAGGUGGAGCGACAAGUCUCGGGCCCCCAGGCGGAGCGGCGGGCGCCGGACCCCCAGGCGGAGCGACAGGUCUCAGGCUCCCAGGCGGAGCGACAGGUCUCAGGCCCCCAGGCGGAGCGACAGGUCUCAGGCCCCCAGGCGGAGCGACAGGUCUCAGGCCCCCAGGCGGAGCGGCGGGCGCCGGAACCCCAGGCGGAGCGGCGGGCGCCGGACCCCCAGGCGGAGCGACAGGUCUCGGGCCCCCAGGCGGAGCGGCGGGCACC